UCAGUCAAAAAGUAAACCCUAAAUUAGAAUUUGUCAGCCCCUCGAUCAGAUUUUAAUCAUAAACUAAUCGAUUAUAGCCCUCUCUUUUAAACCCAAAUUUGUAAAAGGGUUGCAUCUGAGAAGAUGGUUACCACUUUUUCCAGUAAUUACUUUUCUGUUCAGAAAGCUGCUACUCUCUGUCGCACGGCUAAAGCCUAAAAGCCUUUUGGGUUUCGCCAUUCUGUGGCGUUUGAACCAAAUCUUAAGCUCCUUAUGGCUAAUGGCUUGCGAACCUGGGUUUCUCCGAAAGCAGCUCGCUGUCGCUGUGAAGAGCAUCCAAUGGAGCUAUGCGAUCUUCUGGUCACCGUCGAUUAGGCAACAUGGGGUACUGGAAUGGUGUGAUGGCUACUACAAUGGAGACAUCAAGACGAGGAAGACGGUUCAAGCUGAAGAUGUUCAUGUCGAUAUUAUGGGCUUACAUCGAAGUGAACAAUUGAGAGAGCUCUACAAGUCUCUCUUAGACGGUGAAAACGAGCAACGAUCGAAAAAGCCUCCCGCCUCUUUGUCUCCUGAAGAUCUAUCUGAUGCUGAAUGGUAUUACUUGGUUUGCAUGUCCUUUUUCUUCAAUCAAGGCCAAGGUUUGCCUGGAAGAGCGUUAGCUGAUGAUCGAACUAUCUGGUUAUGCAAUGCUCAAUAUGCAGAGAGUAGCGUAUUCUCCCGCUCCUUGCUUGCGAAGAGUGCAUCGAUUCAGACUGUGGUGUGCUUUCCUUACCUUGGCGGCGUUAUUGAACUAGGUGUAACCGAGCAGGUUUCGGAGGAUCCUAGUCUUCUUCAACAUGUCAAAGAUUUUUUACUGAAGUUCUCGAAGCCGAUAUGCUCUAAGAAAUCGUCUUCCUCUGCUUAUAAAGAUGAUAAUGGUAAAGAACCAAUGGUUGCCAAAUCUGACAAUGAGAUUGUUGAAGUUUUGGCUAUGGAGAACGUCCACGGUUUGACAGCUGCGAAAUUCGACAGGAAGGCAGUAAAUGGGAUUCAAAGGAAAAACGAUGAGUUCGGUAUUGAUUCUCUUGAUCGUUUUUCGAAUGGUUGUGAACGAUUUCACCAAAUGGUCGAUCCUUUAAGACUUGAAGGUGUCGAGGGAGGGGCUUCGUGUUUUCGGAGUUUGCAGUUUCUUGAUGACGACUUCAGUUACGGUUUUCAAGAUUCCAUGAAUCCUAGUGACUGUAUUUCUGAAGCUUUGGUAAAUAAUCCGGAGAAAGUCUCAUCGAAAGGCACGAACGAUUUAUCUUUGAAAGAGCUUCAAAACUCGAACCGAACUAAAUCAGUUUCCUUAGAUCCUAGAACUGAUGAAGACCUGCACUACAAGAGAACUAUCUUCACCAUUUUGGGAAGUUCAACUCAAUUGGCUGGAAGUCCCCUUCUCCAUAGUUUCUCGAGCAGAUCGAGUUUCAUGCCAUGGAAGAAAGGAAUGGCCGAGAUAAACACGGCCCCGGUGCAACAAAAGAUGUUGAAGAAGAUUUUGUUCACGGUUCCAUUAUUAUCUGCUGGUUGUUCUCUAAAUCGGCUCAAUGACGGGGAACGGUCGAUCUUGAAACAGGGUAACGACGAUUUCUGCACGAAAGAUGUCGUGCACGACAAAUUAAGAGAAAAUGAAAAGUUUAUGGCUCUUAAGUCCAUGCUACCUUCACUUAAUGAGAUCAACAAAGUAUCGAUACUCAACGAUACAAUCAAAUAUUUGAAGAUGCUCGAAGCGAGAGUACAAGAGUUGGAAACAUGCAUGGACUCAUUAUAUUAUGAAGAAAGAUUCAGAAGGAAAUAUCUUGACAUGGUGGAACAGACAUCAGAUAACUAUGACUAUGAUAAGAUUGAAGGCACCUUAAAACCUUCAACGAACAAGAGAAAAGCCUGUGAAAUGGAUGAAACUGACCUUAAGCUGAAGAACAACAUUCCCAAAGAUGGCCUUAAACUAGAUGUGAAAGUCACCAUGAACGAGCAAGAGGUUCUCGUCGACAUGCACUGUCCUUAUCGAGAAUAUAUAUUGGUCGACGUCAUGGAUACUUUAAACGACUUGCAACUCGACGCCCACUCGGUUCAAUCUUCUGAUCGUAAUGGCGUUUUCUCCUUGACCCUCAAGUCUAAGUUUCGAGGGAUGGUGGCUGCAUCUGUUGGGAUGGUCAAACUAGCACUUUUGAAAGUUGCCAACAAGAGUUGAGCCAAGCCGAACCGAACCGAGCCGAGGCGAGCGGAGAAGAAAGCUUAGGAUCAAUGGUGAAGCAUUUUCUGUAAGUCAGUAGAGUAGAAGCAAAGGAGCUGACCUUCUAACAUCCUCCCCUUGGGGCUUACGAAUUAGGCAAGCUUAGCAUCAACUGAUUAGAUUGCUUAGCUUUACUGUUGUUAUUUGCUACCCAUAAUCAACUUACCAUGUUCUAAUUAUGAGAGUUGUGGUGGUUAAUAGCUAGCUAGGUUGCACUUACUUUUUUGCAACCCGUCCCGAGAUUUCUACAUAGUAUCAUUUAUCUUUAUGAUUCAAUCAUAAA